CCAGCUUUCACCUCCAGUUUCGCGCCCAGGCCCGAACGCCUGUUUCACAGUUUUUUUCUUGGAAUCGCAGUCCAUAUCCAGCCCAUUGCUACCGCAAUCGUCCCUUGAUUUGUUGACCGCCACAUGAUACCAGAUUGAAAGACGGUCAACGCGAGACACGCACAUGGGAAAGGAACAUUUCCAAGCGAGCUGCAUUUGCAUUUAGUCUACAGAAGCUAGCAUUGCAGGGCCGCCAACAUGUCAGGUCUUAUGCAUGAUGUUGCAACCCCUUGCCCGUCGAGGUUGAACGGUUCGAGUUUCUGCCGAAAAAGCGACAGCUCGUUCGACAGCCUGUGGGAGAGGACUUUGGACAAUGGCGAAGAGACGGCAAAUGUUGAAUUCACAACCGAAAUCAAACCCUCUGUUCUUACAGGGGCCAAACCGCGACGAAGAACCAAGACAGGCUCUUCCUUUAUGAUCCACGAUGACCACGAGGAGAAACCCACCCAAAUCCAGAAUAGACCGAAGCGGGAAUCGAGUAUAACAGCCCAGACUACGAACCGUAAAACGUCCUUGCUUGCGCAGCCGGCUCAGAGAUUUCGUCCCAAAGUGAGCUUCGCUCCGAGCCCUCGCAGGCAAUCCCAAGAAAAAGAGCUCAUCCCUAAGACACACUCUGAAAGAGACACGGAGAAGAACAACGAGCUUCUUAUGCAGAUCAGUGGGAAAGGAGACCGGGCUCAACCUAAGGAUAGGCUUAAGGCGGAUGUGCGUCGCAACACGGUCUACAUCCCCCCAGAUGAUACCACAGUGGCCAGUGUUUUCAUGGGACUUUUCAGUCCUUUGAAGUCAGACAAUAUCGGAUAUCAUAUCCCGGAGGACACACAAAUAAACAGCCUGGAGGCCCAGAUUGCACAGAAGCGACAGGCAAAGCGCUCCCUCGCCUCCUCUGCCCAGCGGGCUCCGCUACAGCCAAGCUGGAAAGUAACGCAGGAAUCGUCCACUCGAGUUGACAUUGCUGGGAAGAAUGGAGGGAAGGAGAACAUACCCCCGGGGACAGUAAUCCUUGAUGGCAAGAAGGGUCUCCAGCCGUUGAAGGCGAAGAGACCACUGGACGAUAACCUCAAGGUCUCCCAGUUGAGAGACAGUCGAUCUAGUCAGAUCAACAAGGGCGCAAGAGCCUCCCAGCCAUUGACUACAAAGACAAGCAACCUACAACGGAGCACGGUGCUGGGCGACAGCCAGAAUAACACUAAGGCGCGACCCAGCAAAGCCAACCCAGUUGACACGAAGCGAAAGUUGACCACUAGUGACAGCAAACCUGCGUUUGUACGCAGUUCAACUAUUACCACCUCGCUUAAGCAGUCUAGAACAAACACAGGGGCACCCAAGUCGGCACUGCAAAGGAACGUGAUGGGCAUCGAGAAGGAUUAUCCAAUUAUCUCGAACAUUACAAACCCUACAUUGUAUGAGGACAACUGGCUUUCGCAUCAGGAAGUGGUCAUAACACAAUUGGCCAAUGAGCUGUUCCAGUGUGCAGAUGGGGACGCGGCCUUUGAUGACCCGACCAUGCUUCGACAGGAGCUACUCACUCUAUACCAAGGAACAUCGUUCACACACUUACACAAGCGACUGCAGGCCUCGCUGCUAUAUGGAGCCAUGAGUGUACCAAAAGAUGUACUCGCUCGCAGCAGCCGCCUUCGACAGGAUCUAGGGAUGAAGCGCAGAUAUCUGGACAUUUGGGUCCAAACAUACGAUCUCCAGGCCCUGCGAGCUGCAGUGGAAGCGAUAACCGGAAGAAAGAUUCCCAAGUCCAAGGUGGCCGCAGGAAACGAGGGUUUGGAUAAAGAAAGAUCGAUGAAACGGAGAUUGGAAGUCUUUUUGGAUGCAUUUCUCCUGCAAAAUAAAGACAUGGACCGCCAUGCAAACAUCUCUGAGGGAGAUGAGGGCGAUGUAGCCAGUCGGGCGUACCGUCGAACGGUUAUUCGAAGCAUCAUGAUCGUCAUUCUUCUGGACCAAGGAAGGCUCUGCUCUGGAACAGCACUUCCACGCCGUCUCUUCCUCUCCGCCUCUCCCUACAAGACCUCUGUUGCCGUGCUCCAGGCACUCGCUCGGAUGCUACUUCCAUCAUGCGGAGACAUCGCCAAGACAUUGAGCCAUCUGAACUGCGAACUUUCUUACAAGCAGGACCCACUGCAGGAGUACGAGUAUCAGAUGGACAACCUUGCCAUAGAUCUCCGGGACGGAGUCAGGCUGACGAGGAUCGUAGAGCUGUUACUCCACUCCCCAGCUUCGCCUGCUGAGACACAGCCCGAAGACUCCGAAUGGCCACUUUCACGGAGCCUGAAAUUCCCCUGCAUGAGUCGGGCAGUGAAGCUCUUCAACGUGCAGGUGGCCUUGGAUGCGCUGGCAUCUGCGAAAGGAACGAGGAAGCUCGUGAGCACAGUGCGCGCAGAAGAUAUCGUCAACGGACACCGUGAAAAGACCAUUGCGCUUCUGUGGGGGCUGGUCAGCACAUGGGGCCUCGCUGGACUUGUGGAUUGGGCGGAAGUGAGAACAGAAAUCGAGAGACUGAAGCAGAAGGCGGUUGCCCAGUAUGGAUACAACCACAUCAAAGACGAGGAAUGGUUCUGCGACAAGCAUUCGGAUAAAACACACCAGCAGGACGACGAGCCUAUCUUGCUGCUCACGCAAUGGGCGUCGAUCCUAGCCCACCUGAAGGGUCUACGACUCGAAAACCUCAGCACCAGCUUCAGCGACGGCAGAAUCUACGAAAGCAUCGUCGACGAAUACGAAGGAUACCUGCUCGGGGACCGGGACAAUAUAUGCGACAAAGCAUCAUCAUCAUCCUCAUGCUCAUCACCAUCAUCGCUGAACUCUCGUCUCCAAGCUCUAGGAUGCACCGCGCAGUUCGCCAAACUCGUAUCUCCCUCCCCAUCCCCCAACACGCACGUCCCCAUCGUCAACGCAGACUUCACCAUUGGCGCACUCGCCUUCCUUUGUUCCCGACUUCUGGCAGCCACAAAGCGCGCCCGAGCAGCAACAGUACUGCAAGCCGCAUGGCGCCGGAUCCUCGCGCGGCGGGACCACCAGCGCCGGAUCAUCGCAAGAGACCUCGCCAGACAAUGCGCGGCAGUUGUGCAAGCAAGAGACCGGAUCAUCUGGGCGCAGGGGGUGAUCCUGCAAUGGUGGAGAAAGAUGCAGACACAGCGACGUCGCCGGACUGUUGGGGGGAAGAAAAUGAAUAACAAAAGUAUUCCGAGAUACCGGUAUCAAUACUGAUGGAGAGAGAGAGAGAGAGAGAGAGAGAAAGAAACAAAGAAAUAUUGUCGUUGUUGUGAGACGUAUUGCAUAAAGCGCGUUUUGUUUCAGAUCAUGCGGCGCAGCCUGAUGAUCACCUAGUUACCUAUCUGAGAGAUUGGGGGUUGGGAUUGGGAUUGAUUGUUUCAGGAUUGCCAUUGUCAUUGUCAUUGCCAGAUACCUAUGAUAGCCACGACUAC